ACAAGCCUUAGACUCAUAAGCCGGGUCAGGCCAAAUUCCGCUGCGCGUAGGGGAACAAACGGCACAAACGGGGCACAAACGGCAAACGCCACCGUCGCCACGGGGGCCUCGGCCUAGCUCAGCGCACCCGCCAGCAUGCCCCACCCUGAUUGGUCCACUUGUUCAGCUCGCCGGCACCCCUAUAUCCAAUUGGCGUAGCGCUUGCUGAGCGGCGGCGGCAACCGACGUACACAAGGAGCUUGAGCGUUCUGUGGAGAGAGUGCGAGGUCAGGCCAUGAACUUGGGAGAUGGUUUAAAGCUUGAAACUGAAUUACUGGAUGGAAAAACCAAGCUAAUACUGUCUCCAUAUGAACAUAAAUCAAAAAUUUCUGUGAAGAUGGGAAAUAAGGCCAAGAUUGCAAAAUGUCCUUUAAGAACAAAAACUGGGCACAUUCUAAAAUCAACACAAGAUACUUGUAUUGGGAGUGAAAAACUUUUGCAAAAGAAGACAGUUGGUUCAGAAACAUCACAAGCAAAAGGUGAAAAAAAUGGAAUGACUUUUUCAUCUACUAAGGAUUUAUGUAAACAAUGUAUAGAUAAAGACUGUCUUCAUAUCCAGAAAGAGAUUUCAUCUGCAACCCCUAAUAUGCAGAAGACUAGAAACACCGUAAAUACAUCUCUAGUAGGUAAACAGAAGCUUCACAAAAAACACAUCACAGCUGAAAACAUGAAGAGCAGUUUGGUGUGUCUAACACAAGACCAACUACAACAGAUUUUGAUGACUGUAAACCAAGGAAAUAGAUCUCUUUCCCUGACUGAGAAUGGAAAGGAGGCAAAAAGUCAAUAUAGUCUACGUUUAAACAGUAUUUCUAAUCAGCCAAAGGAUGAGAACAUUAUGGGAUUAUUCAAAAAAACCGAAAUGGUUUCAUUUGUCCCAGCUGAAAAUAAAUCUGUCUUAAAUGAACAUCAGGAGACAUCUAAACAGUGUGAGCAAAAAAUUGCCAUAGACAAUGAAUGGAAACCAGCUGAUGUAUUCAGUACUCUAGGGGAAAGGGAACGUGAUAGAAAUUCGUUGGAAGCAAAAAAAGCCCAGUGGAAGAAAGAGCUAGAUGAACAGGUUGCUUUAAAGAAGAAAGAAAAAGAAGUUUCUGAAAAAUGGAAUGAUCCUUGGAAAAAAUCUGAAAGUGAUAAAAUAAUAUGGGAAAAACAUCAAAUUCUUGACCAAUCUAGGGAAACAGUACUGCUGGAGCACCCUUUCAGUGCUGUGAAACAAGAACUGCAGAGAAAAUGGAUUGAAGGGUUGAAUAAGCAAAUAGAAGAUGACCGUCAAAGAAAAAUAGAGGAAAAAAUUAUAUAUUCAAAGGGUGAGGAACAUGACAGAUGGGCAAUGCACUUUGAUUCAUUAAAGAGUUAUCCUGGUUCUCAAUCUCAGCUGUCCUCUCGGUCAACACACAAACAACCUGAGUACUUCUGUGUCUCUCCUGACACUCAGGAGCUGGCUGAUGUCAGCAAUGUUUGUACACCUACAACCGGAAGCCAGGUUGAACCUUCAGAGGAGGAGCAUAUAGCAAAACCUAUUAAGGAUGUGGUUAUGGCAAACAGUAAGAAAACAAACUUUCUCCGUUCUAUGACUGCUCUCUUGGACCCAGCUCAGAUUGAGGAACGAGACAGACGACGACAAAAACAAUUAGAGCAUCAGAAAGCCAUCACUGCCCAGGUAGAAGAGAAGCGCAGGAAGAAACAACUGGAGGAAGAGCAAAGAAAGAAGGAAGAACAAGAAGAGGAGCUUCGCUUAGCACAGGAACGUGAAGAGAUGCAGAAACAGUAUGAAGAAGACAUACUUAAGCAAAAACAAAAGGAAGAAAUCAUGACUCUCAAGACAAAUGAGCUAUUCCAGACAAUGCAGCGAGCGCAGGAACUGGCACAGAGACUAAAACAAGAACAGAGAAUCCGAGAAUUGGCGCAAAAGGGACAUGACACUUCUAGAUUGAUUAAAAAUCUUGGUGUUGAUACAAUACAAAUGGAAUAUAACGCAUCUAACAUUUCAAAUUCAAGACAUGAUUCUGAUGAAGUCAGUGGUAAAAUGAAUACAUAUAUGAAUUCUACGACUUCUCCUAAGAAGGAUACUGGUGUGCAAACAGAUGACUUAAAUAUAGGAAUAUCCACCAAUGCAGAAUCACAUUGCGGAUCAUUAAUGGAGAGGGACAUCACAAAUUGUUCAUCUCCUGAGAUUUCGGCAGAACUUAUUGGACAGUUUAGCACCAAGAAAAACAAGCAAGAACUAACUCAGGAUAAAGGAGCCAGCUUAGAAAAAGAAAAUGAUCGGUGUAAUGACCAGUGUAAUCAGUUCACAAGAAUAGAGAAACAAACAAAACACAUGAAGAAAUAUCCUAAAAGGCCUAAUUGGAAUAUAAAUAAGCCACCUAAAAGGUAUAUUCCAGCAUCAGAAAAGUACCCUAAACAGCUUCAAAAGCAGAGAGAAGAAAAAAAAGUAAGGAGGCAGAUGGAAUUGCUUCAUUUGGUAGAAAAAAAUAAUCCUGGGCACCUCUCUCAAAACAGAGGCAUUUCACCAGAAAUUUUUCAUUCAUCUCAUCAAGAAACUGAGUCAAAAUUCAGGUGGCAUCUAGUCAAAAAGGAAGAAAAGCCUCUGAAUAUUCAUUCAUUCAGCAAGGAAAGGUCUCGAUCAUCACCAGUUCCAGCAGUGAAAAACAGGACCCAACAAACUCAAAAUACAUUGCACUUACCAUUAAAAAACAGUAGCUAUGAGAGAGAGAAUUUGAUCUCAGGAGGUAAUCAAACAGAAUUAUCACCUGGGAUUUCUGAAUCAUCCCAUUUUAUUCCCUAUGUUCGAACAAAUGAGAUCUAUUACCUUGAUCCCGAUGCACCAUUGUCUGGGCCUUCAACCCAGGACCCUCAGUACCAAAAUUCACAAGACUAUGGCCAAGAACGACAGCUAUUUGAUUCUGACUGUGUCAGGGAUCCGCUUCUUAAUCCUAACAUGGUUAAAAAUAGGGAUCGACAGCAAGCAAUCCUUAAGGGACUUUCAGAACUGAGACAGGGACUUCUCCAGAAGCAAAAGGAGUUGGAAAGUAGUCUCCUGCCUUUAGCUGAAAAUCAAGAAGAGAAUUUUGGUUCUUCAUUUUAAAUGUAGAAAAUCAAAUCCUUCACAUCUGAUUUGUGUCUUCCAAAUUAUAAAAUGUGCUCACUGGCUCAACUGUAUUUUUCAAAUAGCCUAGAUUUACUUUUUUUUUUUUUACUUUUUUUUUAAAUGCUCAUUAAAAACUUGUAUACUAUGUA